ACACUCAUGGUUUCCAGGAUAAGAAGAGUACAUGUAAUAAGAAAGUUCGUCAUGCAACAUCACAAUCACAGAACUUGGAGGGUUGUCCAAUCUUUGGCCGUCGUCAGGUGGCAGUAUAUGUCUUGUCACAGGUAGUCACAGCAAGAAGGUGGUUAAGCCUAUUUCCAUGUCGCUGCAAAAAUGCUGGCGCCAAUUUCUCCUAUGAUCUGCAACAGACGCAGGCAAUUCCCAGUACAUUACUUUUUUGAAUUCAUUGUUUCAUAAGUUUGGUAGAUACUAGUGUUCCUGUCCGGUCCCUCCGGACAUGCCAGUACGUAACCUUUGAAAGCAGCAAGGUACGCGAACCCUAGCUUGAUCUUGGUUUUGGCAAAUGUCCUUCGGCAAUCCGGAUUGUCGCUGCAAACUGCUAGUUCCAUAUCGCUCACGAGUGGAGGCUAUCAACCAUGUCUGAUACUCCUUGUCUACUCGCAUCGGCCUGCCACGGGGUCAGAGUAUGGCAGACAGACAUCCCUGCCACCCCGCAUUCUGGUCCUUACCCGUCCCGCAUAGUAGCAAUGGCGCUACCAGAAAACGGCGCUCAAGUACAGGACUUGACCUGGAGUGCAGAUGGCAAGUAUCUUGCCGCGGUGACAAAAUCGUUCAUGUACCUUCUCGACAAAAACGGACGUACGAUCGAGGCAGUUCCUGGGGGACCUAAUGAAGAUCUUCAGGCAGUCGCGGCAGGUAUUGCGUCUGCACGAUAUGUAUUCUACGGUGGUGCAGGAAAGACAGUCAAAAUAUGGGAUGUGAAAGAUAGAAAGGCUGUUGGGUUCUUGAAGGGACAUACAGCGGCAAUCACGGCUCUGGCAUGCUCAGAUGAUGACCACCGUUGUGCAUCUGGUUCUGCUCUUGGAAAACUCUUGGUGCACUCACUCAAACAUGGUGCCGUAACAGCCUUGGUAGCGCCAUUCAAACAGGCAGUUAACAAAGUGGCCUUUUCCGCUCUCCGCAAGUCAAUACUUUGUGGAGUAAGCGAUGAAGGAUGCGUCGCCCUUUGGGAUGUGGACAGUAGUAAGCGGGAUCCCGUGCGACUGUUCAAAGACGCGCACAUGGCACCUGUGAAAGGCAUCAGUUUUGCUCCCACCGACAAGCAUUUAUUCUGUACUGUUGGGCUGGAUAAAGCACUUCAUUGUUACGAUGCGGCCACGAACAGUGUGGUACAAACGUUCGAUGCACAAGUUCCCUUGAUGUCGUGUAGUAUGAAUGGGGACUAUAUGAUUGCGAUGGGAACCUCACAAGCAUCAACUUUGCUGUACGAUAUGAGGUCUAAGGCCGUGGUAGCAACCUUGCACAGUGCGACUGACAACGGUCCUGUUACUGCGGUGGCAUUUCAAACAGCCAAGUCGGUGUCCAACAUAGCAGGGUCUGAUGUUCCUGUAGCACGAGGAGGGACUUUGAAAAGUUCCGUGGAUGUGCAGGCAAAGCCUGUGAUAACUGGAUCUCGUUCUAUUUCAGGUCCCAUGCGAGUUGAGAAGAGUCGAGUCAAUGCAGUCCAAGGAAGCGAGUUUAUGGGCAUGUUUAGUCCGAUCAAAGGCGGAGCAAAAACAGAUGCACCUGACCGACCCAUCUCCAAAACAUCGCUACACAAGUCAACAUCCCGUAGCACAGAAGAAUUAUCCGCAAAGACUACAUCCAUCUCGGCAGUAUCAAAUGAAAGCCAUCUCUCCCGGAUACGGAACGAAGUAGAGCGAAAGACGAGUAAACCCACGUUCGAGAACGUUUCCACUGCUGUACAGAGACGAGCGUCCCAAACACUGAAUCCCCCCACGAUCCAACCGAUGGAACAAGCUGUAUCCCAGCACUCGCAGAUGGCUUCGCUUCAUGAUCCAGUCAAUAGCAUGUUCUCACCUCUCGCCACACGUGUUCGUCAUGCAUCACCGGUCGCAACAGUGUCUCCACCAGAAGAUGGUCCUGGCACGAAUGAUGGGGACCAAGAGCCUACGAACUCAUCGGCGAAGCCAGCGUCUUUCUGGGAACGGAUCACCGCAGCUGGUAGCAAACCACAAGCGACCAUCGGCAAGGAAACAACCGCGGAACGAUCUCACUCGCAUGUGACCGAUAUGGGCGCUGUCAUUGACGAUCACAGCACAAAACCGUCCCUCAAGGUGAACAAAUGGGUUGAAGAAAAUGGGAGCGCAAGUCUGAACGGUCGACAGCGUGUACCUUCUGCCGUUACGAAACGAGUGUCAGCACCAGCUUUAUCCACCAUUUCGCACAGAGAGGCUGUCACAUCCUCAAGACGAGCUUCGCCUGCAUCGCAAGCUGUUGCGGAAGUGCCUGCCAACAGCGCACAGACAAAGACCACCACCUCAUCCACAUCUGAUGUGGUCAAACAUGUGGACAUGACUGGCUUAAGCGAUCGGAUUGUUGGUGAAGUGAGAAAAUGGGCUUCGAUACCGGAUGACUCUGCAGGUCGAAGCAGUAUAGGAGGCACCAAAAGUUCAGGACCUGGAGGAAUGGUGGGGGACACUCUAACGGAUUCAGCAUCUGAUCUGGUCUCAGCGGCGGACGGUGGUAUGCAUCACGGACGGCAGCCAUCGACCUUCCAAUAUCAAGUCCUGCAAAAUGUUGUAAAUGAUUGUCUGGAAGAGUUUCGUUCCCAAUUGCGCGCAGAUGUCCAGAACAUGCAUUUGGAUAUACUGAGACAAUUUUGGAUUCAAAAGAGUGAGAUCGAGGACCUGGUACGCCAGUACUCUCCCAAUCAAGCGCUGAUGGCAGAAUUACAGCAAUUACGAGAGGAGAAUGCGCGAUUAAGAUGUAACUAUUAAAAUGGUGGUGUUUUUGUCAUAUAGAGCUGUUUGUAAUUUUAACGUUGAAUACGUACGAUUGAGAUAUGAAA